CUCACGAAAUUGUAAAAGAAAGCUACACGGAUGACAUGGCCACUGCUGUCUGUAGUACAGGAGCCAUAAGCGGUGGUAUCGCCGCGGCUGUAAAUGACUCCUCUGAAGAGGAUGAAGUUGUAGACAACAUCAAAUACACGGUUUGUGGAAUUCUUGCUUCUCCACUCUUCGACAAGAAGGCCAUUCAGCAAAGAUCGCUCAAGUUGUCAGAAGCCUACUGCUUGUUAUGGCAGAACAGCCGUACAGGAGACGUUGAUGGACGUCAGGGCUCAAAAGCCAAGAUAGGUGGCGCAGUUUGUGCAGUUCUCCUGGAUCUGAUAGCCAUGGGAAAGAUUGGGAUCGAGUUUGAAAAGAAGAAAUUUUUAUUUGUAAAUUACACUGACAUAUGGGUACAGGUGAAUGAUCUGUCUCCGACAGGAACGUUCCUGGACAAAGCCUUGUUCACUAAAAUGGCGGCAGAGAGAAAAAAAGGCUACAAACAGAAGUUAGUGGCCUGGAUCCGAGACUGCAUCACUGCCUGGGAUUACGAGAACAAUGUAGCUUCCGUCUGUCUUGACAGCUUGGUAAAGCAAGGAAUCCUGGGAAAGGAACGCAAAAUGGCGGGACUCAAAACUGACUAUCCCACGAAAAACCCAGAACCCAAGAAAACCCUGUCCUGUGAGAUACGAAAGAUUGCUCUUGAAGGAGCGAAGCCAGAUUCUUACAUGAGAACACUGCUGACAAUUCUCAGAGCUGUAGAUAACUUUUAUUCUUUUGUUGAUCCUUUCCUUGAGAGGCACUUCACAAGCAAAGAAUAUAAAGGAGCUAAAGUUGCCAUUAAGAAGGUUGUUAUGUAUAAUAAUUUAUAAACCAUGUAAAGCUUCAGAAACUUCUCGAGGAAGCGAAACUGAAGCCAAUUUCAAAGACGAUUAAACAGCUCAAUGAGUAGCCAAUCAGACUAUGCGUUUACCUUAUAGUUGGCCAGAGGGUUAUGCUUAACUUGACAUUUACUAUCGAUUUACUAAUUUAGGUUUUUUCACGUGUUAGGUUUGGUCUAGUUUAUGGCAGUAAUAUAAGUCAGUUAAUCGAAUAAGCUGUAAUAAAAAGCAUUGUUAUUACUUUAUAAUUAUGACUAUGUGACCACAUAACCAUAUAAUGACCUCCCCCUCCGUACCCCGUUGAGUUCCGAUGAACUCUCUUAAUCCACAUCGUCCGUUUCCUAUCAUUUGUAUCAGUAUAAAUUGUUUGAAUUAUUUUGGUGACUCAUAUAUUUAACCGUAUUUGGCUGGUUGGUCUGUAUGAGAAAGUCUUGACUUUAAC